CUUUCCCGGAAAUAUGAGCAGGUUUUUUACCACAUUCUUCUGUCUAGCUCUUACGAUCCUGCUGCUGCCAGUAAGUGCUCUGCCGUUCAUAGACAACAACUGGAAGCAGAGUUUGAAUCCAAAGUCUUUUAAAUAUGAAACCGUCAAUGGUUUGUCCGAUGAAACCUCAUAUUGGAUGUACUCGUGCCAAUUAAACACCGCUUGUUCCAUGAAUUGUAAAGAUGUGCAUAUUGGAAAGUUGAGCACCGAGAUCUACUUCGCCUACGAUGUGCCCGCCAGAUGCUUUGAAAUAGAUCUGUAUAUUGAAAACCUGUUGAUCGAUAAUGGCACAUUAUUCCCGGGAUGGUUGAAUCUAGAUGCAAAAAUUAAUCUUCGAUCGUUGAUACUGAUAGAAUGUCAUAUUGAAGUUAUUGAACCGGAAUCUUUCAAUAGUCGCGAAUUUUUCAAUCUCAUCUCACUUUACAUGAGCCACUUAAAUAUUUCUGAGCUCAAGUCAAGCACAUUUGUCGGACUCUCUCGCCCACAGUUCUGGAACCUAUGA